AUCCAUUUCCGCCGAGCGAUGCAUGUGCGAUGUGUGAAAAACAGCUAGUUGUUCACCAUCCCUCACUAAAAACAUCACAUGCUGCUGCCUUGUUAUGUGGUAGAUUAGUAUAUGAGUUGUAUUCUUUAUUUUUCACCUCAGUUCUGCGCCGAUUCAUUUCUAACAAUAGCAACAAACACAUUCAAAACAACUGUGGAGCUGUUAAGCUAACGAGCACUAGCAAGAGGAAGCUAGCACUAACACACGGAAACACUCCAAGAUGGACGAAGCUGCUGCAGAGAUCAGAGAGGACGGAGCUGAAAACAAGACCCACGAUGGAGACACCACAUCUGAAAACAACGUUGAUCCAUCGGCUGAGGACACCGCAGAUGGGGUUGGGGUUUUCUGCUGUCGGGAUUGUGGAGAAGCCUUCAGAGAGGAGGCAGCUUUCUUGGAGCAUCGCCAUCAGCACCCACAAGAAAGUGUGCAUUUAGACAAACAGUUGGAUGGUUUACAUGAUGCAGAAAGGGACAAUGAAACAACUAAUUUCUGUACUAUAUGUUCACUAGCAUUUGUGGAACCAAGUGAAUUAACAUCGCAUAUGGAAAAGUGCCAUGGUGAAACCUUGCAAAAGGAGUCUGGCAUUCAAAUAACUUCUGGGAUAACAAAGCAACACACCUAUGAAUGUGCAGAAUGUGGGAAAUGUUACUUUGUGAUCGGACACUUCCUCAACCAUCAGCGCUCACACAGACAAGCCUCCAAAUCAGUUUUUCAUGAUCUUGAACAUUUGAAAAAGAAGUCAUUUCAAUGCGAGUCUUGUGGGCGGAAUUAUUCUCGAGCUUCAGCUCUCGAUGCACACCGUCGUUGUCAUGAAGGAAAAUUAGUCAAGUCACGAAACAAGAAUUCAGCAGAAGCAUUUCACACUGAAGAGUCAAUCGUUGAAGCCAAGCCCAGUGAAAGCCAGACUCCUGAGGUUACUCCUGAAAAAACCUUUAAGUGUUCAUGUGGUAAAGCUUUUACUGCCAUGAUGCGCCUUAAAACACAUCAACGAUUUAGCCGCAACAGUCUAUGCUCUCCUGAAGACAUGAAAGAAAAACCUAAGAAAAGCUGCAAUGAGUUUUACUGUGAUGAGUGUAAAAAGGCUUUCACUGGACAUAUUGCCCUCUUUAACCAUCAGCGAUGGCAUGCCAAUCACUCUGAUGAUUCUGCGGAAAGGUUUCCAUGUGAGGAAUGUGGCAAAGUAUUUAUGACACUAACAUUCUACUACAGGCAUCAGCGCACGGCGCAUAGUGAGGAGACCCCAGCAAAGUCGUUUCUUCACCAAGUCUGUCAGCUGCAGAAAAAGGCAUUUGAAUGUAAAGAUUGUGGACUAAAGUUUUCAAGGGCUUCAGCACUUCAUUCCCAUCAGCUUAAUCACACGGAUGUUUAUGGAGAAACAGAGAAGGAGUCUCAUGUGAGUACCUCUCUGCUACCUCAACAGAAAACUUUGGAUAACGAAAGAAAAGAGAAUAAGCAAGAAGAAGUGACAUCAGAAAAUGUGCUUCCUAUAAGUGUGGUUGAAGAAGACUCGCAUGCAAAUGAGAGUGAUGAAGACUUGGACAGUUACGACCCUGGGGACUUUAUUGUUCAGGUGAUCAGUGCAAGUGAAUCUGAGGAUGAGGCCGCCCAAGACACGAAUCCUGAUCUUGAGCUGCUGUGUGAAUCGGAUCAGGAAAAUAAAAAUGAAGGCGACACUGGAGUUUCCCCCAGUAGUCUUGUUUUAAAACCAGAGAUGGAUUUGAAAAUUGUAGAAAUUGACUUUGAGCAAACUGAUGAACAAUGUGCACUGAUAGCGAAAGAAGCCGAGAAUAAAACGACAGAAGAAAGAUUUGAUUGCCCCGAGUGUUAUCGCUGGUUUUCUAGUGCUUCAUCACUGCGCGUUCACAGAAUGUGGCAUGGCGUUCGUAAGAGAAAACAGCAGAAUCCAGUUAAACAGGACAGCAUUUCAUGUGAGGAAUGUGGACUGAAGUUUACACAAUGGGACAUCUACCAGACCCACCUGCACCAACAUGCCCUGGAAGAGGGAGAGGAGGAGGAAGAAGAGGAGGAGGAAGAGGCCCAGAUGGGAGACGACAUGAGUCCUGUGUCAGAACUGGAUUCAGUGAGAGGAGUCGAUGGAAAAAGCCGAGAUGUAGACAUUAGUGGUGAAGCAGAUGAGUGUGACACAAGCAGUUUAUUGCAGAUACAACCCACAGGAUUUACAGAAGAUGUGCGGGACGCCGGAACAAAGGAGCAAUUUGGGAAAUAUCAUACUUGCUUAGUCUGUGGGAAGGUUUAUACAUAUAUGGUUUCAUACCAGAAACACCUACAGCUGCAUGAAAACCUGCUACCUACAACUAGAAGUCCACCAAGUGUCCCUAAUUUAGAUGAGCAUCAGUGUCCGGACUGUGGGAUGUCGUUUACCAGGCGAGCUCGGCUUCUUGGUCACAUGAGAGUCCACAGGCCAUCCAAAUCAAAACCUCCCAGAUGUGAUCAGUGUAGCAUAGAUUUCAGGUCGAUAAAGUCAUGGAUGAAUCAUGUCGUCCUCCAUAGAAAGAAACCGUUUUGGUGUUUAAGUUGUGCCAAAGGCUUUAAAAAUGAAGAUUCUCUAGAUAAACACAUGAGCAGUCACACUCUGAUGAAACAUACGUGCCAUAUUUGCCACGAGAGUUUCCACGUAUCAAAACAGCUCAGGAUCCACUACAAAACCCACAGUGGAGCUAAACCUUACCAGUGCACAUUCUGCGGGGCAAGCUUCUUCAAACGUGUAAAUCUACUUUUGCACCGAAAAAAGCAUCUAAGAGCUUAUGCUGGGUUCAACGGGAUGCUUCGAGGUUCCAGGAAGCGAAGAAAUAAAUGGAGGAACAAUUAUCUGGCUAGUGUCAAAGAGGAGCCAGAAAUUGAUACAUACGUGGAGCAAAAUGAAACUCAACAGCCUUGUGAGUCUGGGGAUCAUGGGAGCUCUGAAGAGUCCGAUUGUGGGGAGCCCUUACAUCACUUCAAGUUUUCAAAACCACCAGGGUCUGCUCGGUCUGGUCCACAUGACAAAUGGAAAUCAGAACCUGUACAGCCCCCAACAGGACAGGAGCUGGCUGAGAGUGAAUCACCAGAAAACAACAUGUACAGAGAACAUAAGUAUUGGGAGUGGGAAUGUGUUGAAUGUGAUAUGGGCUUUGAUGAAGUGGCAAAACUGCAUUUACAUUAUGUAAAGCAUGCUACUGGGGAGCUGCCGAUACCACACGAUGAUGUUGAAGAUAUUUCCAAAGAGCAGGGAGCCAUGCAGAGUACGACCCAGUCACCUAGCGGGCCAAACCCUGGGGCCACAGCAACACAGGAGCCACCACUGGACACCGAGACUGAAGCUCAGCCAGCACAGAGUGAUUCAGAUGAGCAAAAAGAGAAGGAUGAACCAGCAGCUCCUGUUAUGACUGAAACUGUAACGCCCCAGGAAAAUGGGACAGAGGUGCAAACAGCAGAAACACCUGCAAACCUGCCAGUCACUCAGGUAGUGGAGAAUGAGCCUGCUGUCCAGCCACAGACAGAGCCCUCAGUUAACAGUGCAGGGGUCGAGACUGACUCAGCUUCAAAGCCAAGCGUCCCCUCAGAACUGGUACCCGACACAAAUGCAAAAUCUAAGUGUGAUGAGAAAAAGGCAAAGAAAACGGAUAAAGGUGUUCGUGAGCCUAGGAAAUAUAUUCCUUCCAAGAAGGCCAUGGUGGAUCCUCUGAAGAUGGACAUGUCCAAACAGCCGGUUAUACCCCUUACAUCGUCUCAGCUGUCCCUGCAGUGCUUUGAGUGCCACAUAAUCUUCAGUGAUGCCAAGAGCAAGGAGCGUCACCUGAAGCUGAGCCACCCUGCAGAAUAUGAACAGUGCAUACUGAGGAACUCCCUUUUCGCCUGUUACGUUUGUGACCGCCACUUCACUAACUCCAUAGAUCUGAUGCUCCAUCAGAAAGCUCACACAGAGAAGAAACCCUUCAAGUGUCCGAUUUGUAGCGAGGCCUUCAACAAGUCAUCAGAGCUCACCUUUCAUAAAAAAAAUCACUAUGGCCAGGACGGUUAUGAAUGCACAGACUGUGGGAAAAACUGCAAAACGAUGACAGCUUUGAAGUAUCACAUGCGCAAACACUCUGGAGAGAGGCCGUAUGUUUGUAAGGAGUGUGGAAAAAGGUUCAGCAUGUCCAAAGCUCUGCAGAAACAUAUGACGGCACAAUGUCAAGGAGAGGGUGGAGACCCAACAGCUGACGCCCUGAAAAAAGCUAUUGGGCCUUCUUCAAUAAAGUAUCCUUGUUCUUUAUGCAAGGCCACUUUCAAGUCUACCAGGACACGGCAAUAUCACAUGAAAACCAAGCACAACAUGGUGCCUGCUACAGCAAGUAAGGCCCUCUCAGCUGAGCAUCAAGGGAAACAUAAUACACCCAUCAUAACUCCAAUAUCUAUUUGCCAGUCAUCACUACUACAGGCAGGCCCCAAUGGACCUCUGCAAAAAGUUGAUGCCAAUAUUGACACAGAGCAGAUUCGCAGACUUAUUGAAUCUUUGGGAAAUGUGCAGAGAGUAAACCAAGUUGUCAUAUUGGGGCAGCUGCCACCUCAUGCUGCACCGCUGGAAGUCCAUCAGAUGUCACAACUACCACAGACAGAUUUUAUGGAACUGAAACCGACAGGAUCUAACAUAGUUGAAAUGGAACCUUUAAACCCAUGUUUUGCACUGGAUCAAACAAUUAUACUUGAACCUAUUACGCCAGAAGGACAACUGGAAAACCCUGAUUUCUCAGAACUAGGUUCCAACCUAACAAUAGGGGAAAAUAUAGAGCAGACUCAGACUGAACAAACAGAAAGACCUGAGGGAGAGGGGAUGCAUCAGAUCCUUCAACAGCCUGAUAAUAGUGCAAUUCAGUUUGAUCAAACAAUGUUUCUGAAUGGAGUAGAUCAAGACCUUGAGCAAACAGUAAUAUUAGAACUUAUACCAACUGAAGAGCUUGAACUACCACAAACCGUGUCACAAAAUGAAAUCCCAUCAUCCUCUCUGGUAAACGCUGACCUGCAGCAGAUGGCAUAUCAGACUGUGAUAGAUGAACAAACCAACAUGUCAGCCACAACUCUUGCGACUGGGCUGGAGCUGACACCUUUACAAACAGAGCAGCAGGGCCUUCCCUUUUUUGUACCAUCAGACACACUCACACACACAAGUGGAGCUGAAGUGGUUGAUUCACAAAUGCAAACAGUAAGUCUAGAUCAGGAACACCCUGUGAUGGAUGGAGCUGCACCACAAGAGACACAAGAAAAAGCUGAACAAGAUCAAUCUGAACGAGAACCAUCUGAGAAGCUGCCGGUAGAAGGGAAGAACGGUGAGGAGUCUGAAGUAGAGGAUCCACCUGCUAAAGACGUGUUUCCAUCCAACUUAGAGACCAAGCAAGUCCCACAGGUGUCCGAGUUACCCGUAAAUGUAAUGUCAGCUCAAGAACUUGUGAAAGUGCGGAAGAGAAAUUCAAACAAAGCGUUUAUCUUACAAGGAUGUAUGCAUGAACUAGGCGGAUCAAUAUACAAGGAUGAUUUUCAAAUUGAUGCUACACCUUCCAAACGGCAAAGAAAGAAAAAGUCUCAUCUUGUAGUUAAAUGUAGCCCUCAAAGCAAAGAAAAGAACAACAAGAAACAGAAAAAGCCAUCACAGCAGCAUCAGCCAAUACAAGAAGACGAGAUGAUAGAUAAAAUACCAGCAACAAUUCUCUCAAAGAAGAAGGUUUCACCACAGAAGAAGGGAAAAAAGGGCAAAAAGGAUAAGAAAAACAAACAUUUUGUUUCUAACGCUGAAAAAAAUUCUCCUUCAUCAACCCAGGAUUCACAAGUCCAGCAAGUCAAAGAGGAGACAAGAAAAAACAAAACAAAAAAGCAAAAAAAAGUGACCAGGGAAGGUGUGACACUCAUUAGUAAGCAUAACACUUUAGCAUCGCCUGUAUUUAAAAAGAAAAAACAAACCAAUAUAAUGCAAAAAGAUCAGACCAAGAAAUCAAAGGGUGGAAAGAAAAAGAAAAACCUUUCAGAAGAGGAAAAAGUCGAAACAAAAGAGAGCGCAGCUUCAACAGACAUAUCUGGAACACAUAUAACACAGGAAACUCUACUUCUACUGAAGGGUCAUAAACAGCCUCGACUUAAGGUUUACAAAUUAGACCCUUCAAAGGCACCAGGCCAGACACAGGAAGCUUCACCUGUUGAGGGCAGCACAAUAUCCCAAAAGAGUAAAGAGAUAAACUGUAAACAUUCAACAAGUGAGUGUACAAAUACGGGGGAUAAGAAAAAAGGAGGAAGAACUAAAAAGAACCAGAAAACUCUCUCAUUGUUGUCCUCGCUGCAGGCUUCCCGUCAAACUCCCAAGACACUGCCUGCCAAGCCAAAGACAACAAGGAAACGUAAAGCCUCCUCAGGAGUGGAGACUGAAGGAGUGAUAACUUCUAAUUCUAAGCGUGCCUUAGAGUGUAAGGACUGUGGGCAAAGAUUUAGUGAAGUCUCGUCCCUUCAGAAGCACAAGGCAAUGGUGCAUAUCGUAGAGAGUCCCGGUCUCACUUACACACAUGGAAACAUCUUUGAAGGCGUCUCCACGUUGGAUCUUUACCAGCUUCCAAAACAGCCCAAUAAGGUUGUCGGGGUGAUGAAUGCUGCUGCAGACUGGGAUACUGAGCCUGAGAUUGUAGAGAUGGCAUUAGAUGAGAAAGAGCGAAGUGUCUCUUUUCCAGCUUUGAUUCCAUCCCCAUCUUUUCUUGUCCCUCCUUCCGAUGUUGAAGUCAUUGAAAAUGAAAAUGAUGGAAAUGAAAAUAAGGCUGCAGAUAAACAGUCCUGUACCUCUCAAGAAGUUCACUUACCAGCCGAUCAAAUGAAAACCAGUGGAAUGCAUCCAAUCCUACCGUCCGAACCCCCAUUAGGUACCUCUGCUCAGACAAAGAGUUUAGAGUUCGGUGAGCCUUUGGCAUCAGACGAGAACAAGCAAAAAGAAGCUUCCCUGAGGAAUCCCAGCACAGAAUCUGAAGUCCAGGGUACCACCGAUGAGGACAUAAAGGAGAAUUUACUUCUUGAUGUAGAUUUAGUCACUGUUGGGGAGCAGAAUGACAGAGUUGAAACAACCUCUCAAGAAGACUCUGUUCCUCAAAAUGAAUCAAGUGUAACCUGCAAUCCUGAGGAUGGAAGCAUCAACAAACUUUCUGGGCAAGUUAACAAUGAAGCAACAGCUGGAAGAAGUCUAACUUCACAAACCGUGUCAUGUUCCACUCAUCAAGUGGAGAUCAAGGAAGAGGAGGAAGAACUGCUAGUACAGAAGAAAAAAGGAGGAAAAAGAGCUAUUUCAAGAAAUGCUACAAGGGGUAGGAGAAGAGAAACAGGACGUUUAAAACGGGAUGUGAUUUCAAAGAGAGCUUUAGUUGGAGAUACCACCAGAGGAACAGAGUCAGAAAAAGAACAGGAGGAAUGUCAGCUACUUUAUGAAAAACGUCCCAUCAGCUCUGCUUCAGAAAUACAUGAUGACGGCCAGCCCAGCACAAAGACAUUAGAGCCAGAGAUCAGCACAGAAUUUGAGGCCAACAAAGCCACAGCUCCAGCUGCAUCUUUGUCUACCAUUCCCUCUACAUUAGAGAAACCUCCUGAAGAACCAGUUGUGUUGGAGUCGGUCACCAGUACUGACCAGGUAAAGGGUGUAAGACGAUUGCAGGAAGGAGAGGAACACAACAGGGAUGCUAACCAGUCUCCAGUCAUCAUACUUGAGAAGUUCCUCACCUCCACACAAGAAUCAACUGCUGACAAGGAGCCGGGCCUGGUGACAGAGCGGAACCAUCAGAGACAGGGUUUUGACAACAUUGCUGAGAAUGAAGACCUGGAGAGCCAGCAGAUCAAGGUUGAAGAGAAUAUCCCAGAUCGUCCACUGAUUGCACCCAUCUGUCAAAACAGACUGAGUGCAAGUGUGACUUUGCAGCACCAUAGUGAUAUAAGGACCGUGCUGGUGAAGGAGGAGAGCAGCCUCAUGCUGAAUGAGACCCAGGCCAGCGGCAGACACAUCCGAUGGAAUGUGGAGCCAGUCAACACGGAAAACAUGUCCAGUCCAUUAAUUGAGAGUGAGGAGACAGCCAUGGACGAGAGUUGCGUCACCCCCCCUGAGUUCAACACCAACCAGUGCAUCUUCUACCCUGUAAAGGAAGAGGAGAGGGAAUUUUUACUGGGGGCUCAGAACAACAGUGGGAAUUCAACAACGGGGGCAUUCUGUGAUGCCCAGCUAACAGAAAAACAUGUAAUAGAUCAUUCAAAUGAAGGCUGCCAUUCUGCACCAGGCUACGAGGAGGUGAGAGUUAGAAAACUGUCAGAACCAGGGGUCAGUGACUCUGCAGAUAGACAAGCUGAGGCAGAAGCUGAGAUGCAGCAUCCACCUGACCUCCGGGACUUUCUCCUCCAGAGUUCAGAUGAGGAGGAUGUGGGUGUUUUUGAGAUGUCUGAUCCUCAGCUUGACUCAGAAGCAGAAGUAAUGGCUUACUUCUACAGAAACCAAACAAACAGUGCACAGCAGGCCGGCAGUGAUGAAUUAUCACAAAACAUGCCAACUACAUCAGGCCAGAUCCAAGCACCAAGAGAGGAAACCAGAACCACAGAGCCCAUUGACUACUUCUCCAAGUAUUUUGGUUGGGAUACCUGGGUAGAAAUGGCUAAUUGCACAAAUAAAAUAUCCAACAUGCCCAGACCUGUCACAUCCAGAGAGGUUGCACAGUUUGUUGGGAUCCACAUUGCAAUGGGAACUUUGAAGUUUCCCAGUCCUAGGCUCUACUGGGAGAACUUGACUAAGGUGCCCUUGGUUGCUGACUCCAUGCCGCUUUCCCGUUUCCUCGAGCUGUCUCGCAUGUUGAAGCUUGCAUGUCCUGCGAAGGAUCCAGUCAACAGUAAUGUUCAGGAAGGAAGAUGUGAUAGUGACUUUCAAAAUGCUCAGCAAGGUCAACCCCAAUCUAGCAGGCAAAGUGAAAUUGGCCAGCGAGACACGCUAAAUGAGCUGAGCAGCUCACAAACACAGACUGAUCCCCUGUGGAAGGCUCAGCCAUUAUUGUGCCGUUUCAAAGCAGGGUGCCAGUCUCUCAGACAAGAGGGUGAUUAUGCAGUUGACCAAUAUCCUCUACCUUUGACUGGGAAAAUGCACAACAAGAAGCUGUCUCUUUACUGUACUACAUUAGUUGGAUUUGGAGGUUUGCUCUUACAUGUGGAUCUUAAGUUGGGUCAGUCCAGCAAACAAGAUGCAGUAGAUAAAAUGGUCCCCAAAGGUAGUAUGGUGUUUCUUUGCAAACAGGAACUGUCCACCCCUGCAAUGCUGGAGCGUCUGUUAAUUGCCGGCGUUCAUGGUGCCGGAAGGGUUGGAGGAGCCAGAGGACAGAUCGGAGAUGAGUUUGUAAGCUCAGAUGGGAAGCUAAUGUUACGCAGAUCACACUGUGGCUUUAUACUUUCUACAGCGGGCAAUAACCAGAGGAACAUGGCCUCAUUGAUGGACAAUUUUGAGAAGGCCCAGAUGUCGGCUCAAGUCAACAGAGAUUUGCAGAAUCUUUACUCAAUUCCUCUCACUGCCUCGGCCCCAACCUGCUGGCCUCAAGCGGUGCUCUGGUACUUAACAGAUCUGGCUUUGGUCAACUCCUGGCUCCUCUACAGACAGGAUCACAAGGCAGUGUCUGCACCUUUGACUCUAAUGGCCUUCAGAUUGGAGGUGUCCAAAUCUUUGAUCCUCUCGAAUGGCUGUGAUGCCCAGGACUCAGUCCUCCCUCAGACCCCCAGAGAAAAACCUCAUACAACAAAUGAAAAGCCCAAUCCCAGCCUGGUGGAGGAGAGUCCUCUGCCAGAUGCAGCCACGCGGUUCGACGGUUCAGGACACUGGCCAGAGCAGCUUGGGGAGGGAGAAGGAGGCAGGUGCCGCUAUGGAGAUUGUCAGAGAACAUCUCGAGUGCUAUGCCUUAAGUGCUGUGUUUUUCUUUGUAUCUCACGCAACCACAACUGCUUUUUGAAUUUCCACAAUCAAGGAAGUUUGGGAAAAGAGUAGCAUCAACUGCAAAAUUCACCCAUUGACAUUACGCUUCCUGAUUUAGAAUGUAGCUGUGCUUUUGGUGUACUACAUUCCAGUUCCAAAAAAGUUGUAUUAUUUCCUCUGUCCUUACAACUUUCCCAUGAUGCCUUUCACUGGGCAAUGUUUGGAAGCAUAAUUUGUGCUGCAAUUUAAAAACAAAUGCUUUGUGAUGUGGCGUUAUAUUUGUAGUGUCAAACUGAAUUUGCCUUCAGAAGGAAAUUAAAUUAAAUAUGCAUAGCCAUACAAUUGGUGCUGCAAAUAAGCACAAAGUAUGAUUUUGGCAUUACAGUAAGUUAUUUUUCUAAAUAUUUAUCUUAACCUGACCUAACAUGAAUUUACAUCCUUAAAUGGGCUUGUUUUUGGCUCUGAAUUAAAAUGUUAUUUAUUUGAAAUGAAGGAUACAAUAAAAGAAAGAUGAAAAGAUA